AUGUCGGACAUUUCGACGUCUUCGUUGCGGGAGGAACUGCAGCGGUUAGACGGGCAGCGGGCAGAGCUCAUGAGGCAAGUAGUGGAGGCGAUGGAGUUCCUCGGCACAACGCCGGUGGGGUUAACUGCUCCCCUCGUUGACGCGGAUGGGUUCCCGCGGGAUGACUGUGACUUGUACGCUGUGCGCCGAGCCCGACAGGUAGUGAAUCGCGGACGGAACGAUAUUAAGGCGAUUGAGACAUCCAUGCACGAAAAACUUGCCGUGUUACACGAGGAAAGUCAGGAGAAAGCAAAGCAGCAGAUGGAGCGCGACGACGAGGCGAGGCGGAAGGGCAAAGCCGACACUGUGGAACAUGAGCGCCGAAUGUGCCUGGUACAUGAAAUGUUUAAAAAGCCGCCGUUUGUUCGGGUUGUGAUGACAGCCGCAGGCAGCCCUGGUGGGCUGGCGGGCCUGACUGCGGGUGACCUCGUUGUCCAGUAUGGCGAGGUGGAUGCGGCGGCAGUGGCGGCGCGUGGCUUUGGUGAGAUGGCGCGGGUGACGGCCAAUCACGAGGAUAAGAUGCUUAGCGUGUGGGUGAAGCGACGGAGUGGCGAGGGGGUGGCGGAGGAUCUGGUGGAGCUUUUUCUAGUGCCGAAGAGCUGGGCUGGUGAUGGCCUCAUUGGGUGUGAGUUUGAGCCGUGUCUGCAAUAA